GAGAGAGCGGCGGGUGAUGCUGGCUGUGUCCGGGGCUCGGCCUCGCUGAUUCUUAUUGUCUCCUCCCUGUACCGGGGUGUGCGGCCUGGCAGCGAUCCGGUAAUGGCAUGAUUGGACUUCACUGGAUGCCAGUUGCCGGAGUUCCAUAAUGGACUGCAUUUGAUGAGCAUUUGACAAAGACUUUCAUAAACGUUUGAUAACACAAAUACAUGUGUCUCUCAAAUGUUCAUGGAUGUCUGAUAUUUGUCAUCUUCUAUUGGCCAGUAUUUUGAAGUCCAGUAAAACUGUUUGAUAGUCCUCAAGUUCUUGGAAGAGUUAAGAUGCAUUUCAAAUCCAGAUGCUGUCCAAAUAGUGAUCAUUUUGAUGAUGGUGGUUCCUGGGACUUUGCCUGGUGUUCAGCAUGAUAAUGAGAUAAAUGCUUGUGAAAGAGUUAUGGAGAACGAUAUCGAGAAUGAUUGCAGCUCAGAUCUAAAAGAAGUACGAAAGCUGCAGGAACUAGUACGACGGUUGGAAAUUCAAAAUCAGCAGUUAAGGGGGAAGAGGAGCUCUCAAAGUUUUCAGAACGACACAGAGGUUGACCAUCACCUCUCCGCUUUACAAUGUACGGGAGUUAUGAAUAGCAUGAAUAUCCAGACUGAGAAAGGAGAUCGAGAGAUUAUGCCAAACGUACAGACUAAGCACGAUCAAAUAAGCUCAGAGAAAGAAAACAUCCCAAGUUUGAGGGUGGAUACACAUAUGCCGUAUGAGAAGGUGUGUUCUGACCCCAAGCCUGAAUGUGAGGCAGACAUUCACUGUGAUAAUGAUGACAGCUGUUUCUUCAACCUCAGUAGCAGAGCAGAGCUGGAAGAAGCUUUGGAGAAAAUGUCUGAACUAAAUUCACCUGGAGAUCUUGUAGAUGUAUUGGAUGAAACUGCCCUUGACGAAGUGGAAGUUCUGGAACUUGGCUCGUGCAGUGAGGACGAGGAGGACUGUUGGCUCUAUGCAUCACCAAACAAAAAUGCAGCUGCGGAACAGAAACCAGAUUCUCCCUUAAAAUGGUGCAGGCAGGUACUGGACCAUCACAGUCCAGAGACAGAAGCUGCUUGCCGCACACUGAUUGGCAAGCUUGAUCAAGCAAGUAGAUGGAAAAGCCUGUACUGCAGCCCGAUGGCUUCGCCAAGUGCAUUUAACCCCAGCAGUGAUGGCAGCUACUGUAACAAUUCAUUAAACUCACCGGGGUGCCUCAAAUCCACUAACAAACCACUACUAACAUGUGGCAGCUCAGGCUAUUUGAGUAUCCAUUCCGCUCUCAGCUCUCAGUCCUCGGUAGACAGUGAGUUGAGUACAUCUGAUGAUUCAAUAUCUAUGGGAUACAAGUUACAAGAUUUGACUGACGUUCAGGUUAUGGCUCGUCUUCAAGAAGAAAGUCUCCGGCAGGAUUAUGCCUCUAGCUCUGCAUCUGUUUCACGGCGCAGUUCUAGUGCCUCCCUACAUUCUCUCAGAAGAGGCACCUUCAGUGAUCAGGAGUUUGACACAUAUAGUCUGGAGGACGAGGAUGACUGUGAUUGUUCUUUGUCCUUUCGCAGCACUCAUAGGUAUUCCCCAUCACCUCUAAGUUCACCUCGAUGUCAAUCACCUUCAACAACUGGGGACAGCACCAGAGCUUCAACCUCUCGCAUUAGACCUCCAAGAAGAUCCAUUCAGAACCACAUGCAAGACCGGAUGAAAUAUACCAGCUGUGAAGAUGACUUGCGUCACAGUAUGCCUAAUUUGGCAAAAACAAGUUUACGUUCCCUUGAAGCAGUAAGAAGCAGUCGUAGUCUGGAGUCGGAUCUCCAGGGAUCAAGUAGUCGAUUAACCAGGAUUCAACAUCCCACAACCAGUACUCCACCAAGCAAAUUACGUUUUGCUUCCAGCUCAGGCCAGCCUUCAAUGACAGGCAGACAGCCUAUAAAAGCAGGUGUAAGCACAGGUUCACUCCUUACCUCAAGGCAACCAAUCAAAUCAUCAGGUUAUGGUAACAAUUCUUCAACGGGUGUCCGUAAAAUGCAAUCUUCGUCUGGUUUGAACGCAUCCAUGUCAGGUGCUAUUUCCAGAACUGGAAAUGUGUCUCCUUCCGUUAAACAAGCUGGGGUGAAAUCUCAGCAACCUGCAGGAUACAUGGCUUCUAAAAGUAAAAUGGUUCAACCAUCCAGGAGAUCUCUUCAUUCCUCAAAGACAAAUAGUACACUGGACAGUGAUGACUCAUGGAAAGAAGGGUGCUAUUAGACUUCUCCAAACAGGAGUUUUACGCUAUCUCUUUUCUAGUCCAGCGGGCUGGACUUUCGAACAUUUCAGAGGAAGAAGAAAAACCAAAUUGCUAGCUUUUCUUAUCUAGUUGUCAAACUCAGACAUUAUGUGUCUCUUUAACUGUCAAUUCUAUUACAAGUUUGGCAUUCUUCAUACUUUGAUUCGGUAUGUGUUUUGUGUUGUUGCUUGUUGUAGCCGAAGUUUCAGUUUAAUGAUGGAACCUGUUCUCCCCUAAACACUGAGCCAUUUAUUUAGUAGAAAUGUGUGUACUUUGAUAUGCCACUUACAAAUUGACCAUUUGCACUGCUGUGAAUGUUGCAUUCAUUUCUGAGGGUUAUAUAAAAUCAGUUGUUAGAAACCACCUUUAGAUGUCCCUAAGAGAGCUUGUGUGUUUUAUAUACAUAUUGUUUCUAUUUACCUCUUUGAUUUGCCAUUUCAAAGGCUCCCCCCCAAAUUUUUUUUUUUUAAUUUACUUUUCUAUUCCGCAGCAGAUUUUUUCCAUCUGCAGGUUUUUAACAUCCAUGAUCAAUUUAUUUCUUGGAAAAAGUGUGAAUAUAAUAUACAUAUAGAUAUAUGGUUAUGAUAUUUAGGAUCCAUUUCGAGGACUAGAAAAUAAUUCCUGUGCCGGUAUAAAUGGUUUAGAUGAAAUCACAAACGAUGGUGCACAAUAUUUGUGUGGUUAUAUGGAGUUAAUUUGUUGCAAUGUGUAGAAGAGACAUUAAUGUUUUGUGAAGUCUCCUAUGGUUAUUUUGCUUGACUCACCCUCAGUAAAUAAAUACAUCUCUAUCGA